GUGUGUUUCUAGUUGGUGGCGAACAUCAAAACGAUGAGAGAGCGAACGUCCUCGACCGCCAGUGUCACCGUCUGCCAGGGACAAAGACCUGAGGAGACUGUGCGAGACAGAGACAAGGCGGAGAGAAAGAGGAAGGCGGAGAUGGCCCGUCUGCGGAGGGAGAAGAUCAUGGCUCAGAUGUCAGAGAUGCAGAAACACUUCAUCAACGAGAACAAGGAGCUGUUCCAGCAGAGCCUGGAGGAGCUUGAGGCGUCCACAUCCACGUCCGCCGCCAGUCCUCCUGGUGCAGGCGCCGGCAGCGCAAGCCAGGUGUGCGUCGGGCCGAGCCGUGUGGCUGGAGCCGAGCGCCGGCAGCUGGUCACCUGCAUACUGUGUCAGGAAGAGCAGGAGGUUAGAGGUCAAGGCAGAGCAAUGGUGCUGGCAGCCUUUGUCCAGAGGUCCACCGUGCUGUCCAAAAAUCGCCGGAGACCCCUCCCGGACCCAGGUGGGCAAAGCCUCCCUCAGACAUCGUCAGAAUCAGUUAGAAACAAGCUGUAG